GUUACAGUAGACGAAUCCCGGAAAACCCCAGCAUGCGCCGAUAGAGAAUAUCAUCUGUCAUCUCUGAUCAUCUAGGCGCUUUGUCAUAAUCUCGAGCGUCAUAAACGCCAACCUCUAUUCCAAUCACCCUAGUCGUCCGUCGCGUUGGCUCGGUAGCCAACACCGCUAUUCUACAUGAUGGGAGCUUGCAUGAGUUCGAAUAAGGAGGAGGAGGAGCAAAAAAAGCGAAGUCAAGCUAUCGAUCGCGCGCUUGAUGAGGAUUCUAAGAGGUUGCGGAGAGAAUGCAAGAUCCUCCUCCUUGGUUCCGGCGAGAGCGGAAAGUCAACAAUUGUCAAGCAGAUGAAGAUUAUUCAUCUGAAAGGUUACUCGGAAGAUGAGCUUUACAAUUACCGCGCGACGGUCUUCAAGAACUUGAUCGAAUGCGCCAAAGCUAUAAUAAUUGCCAUGGACCAAUUCGAUAUCGUGGCGAGCAACGAGGAAAAUAAAGAAUACUGUGAUUAUCUGCUAGGAUACACCGUCGAAUCAGGCCCAUCAGCGCAUAUCGAACAGAAGGUAGCUACGGCCGUACACGCCAUAUGGCAUGACCCUUGCAUCGAGCGGCUCAUGCAACACUCCACCGAAUUCUACUUGAUGGAUUCCGCCGGAUAUUUCUUCGACGAAGUAGCGCGAAUAUGCGCCCCAGAUUAUAUGCCUAACGAGAUGGAUGUCCUCCGUGCGCGAACGAAGACUACGGGUAUUUACGAGACGCGAUUUCAGAUGGGAGCCCUCAGCAUUCACAUGUUUGACGUCGGUGGGCAACGAAGUGAACGGAAAAAGUGGAUUCAUUGCUUCGAAAAUGUCACUUCUAUCAUAUUCUGCGUGGCGUUGAGCGAGUACGAUCAGGUGUUACUCGAAGAAAGCAGCCAGAAUCGAAUGAUGGAGAGUCUACUAUUAUUCGACUCAGUCGUUAACUCGAGAUGGUUUAUGAGAACGAGCAUAAUAUUGUUCCUGAACAAAGUCGACAUAUUCAAAGUCAAGCUUCCUAGAUCACCGCUAGGAAAUUACUUCCCAGAUUAUUCUGGUGGUAACGACGUCAACAAGGCUGCGAAGUAUUUACUCUGGAGAUUCAAUCAGGUUAACAGAGCUCAUCUUAAUUUAUACCCUCACUUGACCCAAGCGACGGACACUUCUAACAUCCGCCUAGUUUUUGCGGCUGUGAAGGAAACGAUACUCAAUAAUGCGCUUAAGGAUUCGGGCAUCUUGUGAUUUCGUCUCUUCUAACGUUCAUGGCCCAAUCGAGGCAUCAUCUCGUCUCAUGCGAUGGCGGGGACCAUAAAAGCAUUGGCAAGGAGUUUUGGGCAGGGAACCUGACGCAAAUUUAUCUUUUCUCUUUUACUUCUUUUGUUUUCGCAAGGCGU